AAAGUAAAUAAAUCACAAGGGGAAAUAACUGAACGUCUUACCAGUAUUAUCCGUACUACUUUGUUUAUAAAUAAAUCACGUGAUUUGAUUGACGUUAACUGUUUAUAUAUAAAUCACACACGUGAUUGAAUAUCUUAGUUUCUUAUGAGAAAUCGAAAAUGCCUCGUGGAAGACCGGCUGCACAACAUCUUAUCGUUGCUGAAAACGAAAUCCUGACUCCUGAAUUAAUAUUAGAGGAAAAAUGGAAAAUCUGUGAUUUAAGCAGUAGCUCAGGAUACAGAAUGUUGGAAUGGUGUGCGCGUCGUCGACUUAUUAGAAAUAAGUUUACCUGCGUCGACUGUCUAGUACCAUGCGGACUUAUUACACGUGGUGACAGAAAAAAACAUUUUAAACUUUUAUAAAAAAAAAAUUCCAUCGCAUGCUGUUUUAGAGAAAAGGUAGUACGGAUAAUACUGGUUAGCUGUUGCUGAACUUCUCCAAGAAGCUAAAAGAGGUUCUGAGAGGGCUAAAGAAAUGGGAGCAAUAGGAUGGCGCAAAUGUCCAAUUCCACAAGCAAAUAAGGUUUUCCUCAAUAACACUCUGCUCGGCAUCGUCAGUGAUUCAAAACGGCGCCAAAGACAAAGAGAAGCAAUCAUCAAAAGUAAUAUCCUCCCAAACAGCAGGAAUCACCACACAUCAAACUCAAGCCAUCAUCGUAGCAGACAUCGUUCACCUACCUCCUCAUCUCGGAAAUCUGAACAUUUACCAAGAGACUCCAAGAAGUCUCCCUCUUCUUCUCCUGAAUCUAAUGCCAGAAAUGGUUCUGUAGACACAUCACAAUCUCAGAGGAAAAGAUAUUCUUCUCAUAAAUCAAAACACGAAGUAAAACAUAAAAAGCAGAAACUACACAAGAAAAAAUAAAUUUUUUUGAUUUUU